UCACGACUGUAAUGAGCUUAUCCAAGUUGUUUUCGUCUUGGUCGAUCCUGUUAAUCAAUGUCACUUUUUGAUUAAAACUGCAUCUACUUAAUGUGAGUAUCAUAGUUCUACAUAUUAUUCGCUAUCUUGUGGCUUAUACGCAUUUAAUCCUAGCUCCGGAAUCGCCGAGCCUUGUGCACUUACAUGAGACGUGCAGCAGGGGUGGAUGGUCUAGCAUGAAUUUCAAUGAAAAUGGUUUCUUGCAGCGUUUAUAAGAAAAUUUCUACCUUCUAAGGAAGAUUGGUAGCAAUGUUGGAAGCCCGUUCUUUUGCUGUAGACAGAGAAACUGCCACUUGGCAAGGAAGAGUAAACGGUAUUCGACCCCCACCUCCCCAUACUCCUCAUCACGUCACAGCAAUGAGACCUCACGGUAAAUCCAAUUCAGAUGAUCUCUGCUAUGUUGUAGCAAAAUAUGAUUAUGCUGCGCAGGGAGCACAAGAGUUAGAUCUGAGGAAAAAUGAAAGAUACUUGUUACUGGACGACUCUAAACAUUGGUGGAGAGUCCAAAAUGCCCGCGGCCAUGGUGGAUAUGUACCAAGUAACUAUGUCAAGAAAGAAAAACCUUCAUUGUUCGAUAGUAUUAAGAAGAAAGUAAAGAAAAGUGGCAGCGGAAGCACUAGUGGUUCUAAAACUCUUCCCUGUGCCAACACACCAUCAAGAGGAAUAGACUCGCCAUCAAUGUCAAGAAGAAUGCACGCAGAUCCAUCUGAAGCUAUCGGCACAGCUGUUGUCAAGUAUAAUUAUCAAGCCCAGCAACCUGAUGAACUAUCUCUCAUCAAAGGCACCAGAAUUUUGAUUCUCGAGAAAAGUAAUGAUGGAUGGUGGCGUGGACAAAGUGGUUGUAUGCAGGGUUGGUUUCCUAGCAAUUAUACACAAGAGGAAGAACAAGAUGACAACAUACACACAUAUGCCAUGGCAGAAAACGUUUUGGAUGUUGUAGUUGCUCUCUAUCCAUUCACAGCCAAUAGUGAUCAAGAGUUGUCAUUUGAUAAAGGUGAUCGCUUGGAGAUUCUAGACCGCCCACCGGCUGACCCAGAGUGGUACAAAGCGCGAAAUAAUCAAGGUCAAGUUGGCCUUGUUCCUCGAAACUAUCUUCAGGAGUUGAGUGAAUAUCUAACACAGUCGAUGCCCUCUGGUGGGGGAAAUGUGAGAGAAGCAGCUCCUGAGAGACCACAUCUGGCGGGUAAACCGUGGUAUUAUGGCUCCAUCACCAGAGCACAGUGUGACAAUCUUCUUAACACUCAUGGCCAUGAUGGUGAUUUUCUUAUCAGAGAUAGUGAAACAAAUAUGGGAGACUAUUCAGUAUCGUUGAAAGCACCUGGUCGCAACAAACAUUUCCGAGUUCACGUGGAGGGUGCUUUGUAUUGCAUUGGCCAACGAAAAUUCCACACUCUGGACCAGUUAGUAGAUCAUUAUCAAAGAGCUCCAAUCUAUACUAAUAAACAAGGAGAAAAACUUUACCUAGUUCGUCCGUUACCUCACAACAAUGGUUCAUAAACCAAAUUUCUUUCUUUUAAAUUUUUAUCAUUUACUAAAAUUUUGAUUAAUUUAUCUGUUUUCCUCCAUUUUUUCCAACUUAUAUCAUAUGUGAUGCGCAGAAUUUUUUAAGGGCGGGGGUUAUGAUAGAGGCAUUUUAUAAUUUUUCUACUUGACCACUGGAAAAUUUUUGGUAAAGAGUGGCUGUUAGUGUAAGAUAAAAUGGUGCAUUUUGAAUUUUUACAAACUUUUCAUCAAUCGUUAAAAAAGUAUGAAAACUUAAUAACUUAAUUGAAUUAGUUUGAGUCAUUUGUGUUUUCGCUCUUGUUUCAUUUUCUUUUAAUGACAAGGAAAGGCUUUGUAAUUUUCCAAAACAUCCUUGGACUUUUUUCACUCAUAGCCACCAUCUUUUUUUAUUUUUUCUUCGUUUUUAAUCUUAUUUAUGUAGGGCUGAUGAAUUUGUGAUUAUCAUAUAUUUAUCAUAUACAUAUACAUAUAUUACUAAGAUGCUUUUUGCCAUUUUACUCCUGAUAUUUGCUUUCUGUAAAAUUUCAACAAUGGAGCUCUGUGGAUGAGAAUGUAUAACUCAUCAAGGAAUAAGUUACUGCUCUUAUUUUAAUACUUAAGAGUUUUAAUUUUACAUUGAUUUAGUGCACAUGAAAGCUGAAAAAGCUCUCUUUACUCAGGUUUUUUUUGAAGAUACGCAGUUACCAGGCCUCCAAAUGAGGAUUCUGAUAACAUCAUUAAUAAGAAUGAUGAAGGAAAAGCACAGUAAUAAUGUUUACUCAAUAAAAAUAGAAAGUUUGAGACUCAUGUUUACCAGAUUGUCUCUGAAAAUCUGAGAACUAUGAACUGAAAAAAUAUUUCCGUUUUUUUACUUCAAUGAUGAAAACCAUGAAAGGAAAAAGAUCAAUAGAAGUUUGUGUGGUACUAUCUCCAAAUGGUCCAUAAACAACCAGAUGUUUCACCCUCGGACGGUUUUUCUUUAAUUCUGUUUUUACACAGUGUUCGAUUUUUCACUGUGAAAGCGAUUGCAUUUGAUACUUCAUGUGUCUUAUGACUAAUUGGAAUCAUGAAAUGUCAGCCUUCCGACAAGGCCAUUUCAAGUUCUCAGUUGUUUGAGAAAGUUUCGAAAAGUCAGACAAAAUACUCCAAAGAUGCAGAUAAAGCGACAGCUUUAUCUCCCUGUAUAAACAUUAUUUAUCCACCCUAGCGAUAACUUCUUAGUCAAUGAUAAUAUAAUGUGUAAGGCUUCAUUAUUAUUUUAAUUUACUUCUUUUUUUUACUUAAUUUACGCAUCACUGGUGUUCUGUUGUGUAAUUUUGUUUUGUAAAUGUAGAAGUGAUGUUUGCCCUGUAAAUAGUUCUCAUUUGGUUUAAUGACUUCUAGCAUAUUUCAUGUCAGAUUUCUUAGAUUUAAUCUCUGUCCCCAAAAAUCAAACUGAGAAUUUUUUUUUUCUUCAAAAAAGUUGCUCAUUACAAUUAGUUCUAAAAAGAUCUUGCGUUUUGCUCACCUCAAGGAAUGAAAGUACUUCCGCUAUUUGGUAAGAGAGGGAGAAAGGAUAAAUUAUAUCUUUUCAUUAAGUUUGUUUUAAGACUCAAAAUUAGCUCGUCCAGAAAAAGUAUUAAGCCAGAAGGAGAAUGAUUAAUUACGGCACUAUAUCACAAUUUCCCUUUCAAGAAUUUCACACAAGAAACAAACAAGCCUUCAAGACAAGUUUUAGUGAUUUUGCUUAACAUUGGUCAAAUUGAAAGGCAUGACACCAUCUGUUUAGCAUUCUAUUAAUGAAAAUUGGAUAUUUUUUUUUUGUCAGAAAAAAAUUUCUCUAACAAAGAUUUCCUUAACUCCGUAGCAUUGUUUCUCAGGCUCAAAUUUUUGCUUUGAGAAUCAGGUUUUACGAUUGUGCGAAAUUUUUAAGAAAAAGGGGCACAGAGCUUCAAUCAAUCCUGUGAGCACUGACCAACGCGCCCUACUCCUUCCUCAGGCUGUCAUGUUUGGUUAGAAUUCACACGGAAAGAAAGAAAAAACUUUCUUUUAUUUCCCCCACUGAAAAUUUCUCCAUUCCUCUCAACAAUAAAGUUCUAAUGUCCUGUGAGUCACAGGACGAAUUUGAUAUCAGUAUUUCUAAGAUUAGAAUUAAAUUGAAAGCUUUUUACCUCGUAUAAUAUGAUUCCAGUUAAUGCAUUUUGGAUGUGCUUCAUUCAGCUUCUCGGAAAACAUAAUUUAAGUAUUUUUUAGAUCACAACUACGCAUGACCAUUACUUUGAGGUGAAUUUCUGUACAUAGGUAAUUUUCUCCCAUUACACAUUGAAGCAUUCUUUAAUUUAAAAUGUAUAACAUCAGUGUGCCACAUAUGUAUUAUUAAUUAUUUUUCGACCCAUGAGUACUAUUUUUUAUAACUGGACCAUACUCCUUUCUACCCCGACUAUAACUCAACAACUUGAAGAUUUUUAGUUCCAAAUCAUGCAAGAAAUUUUUCUUUACUCUCCAAUGCUCUAGAAUUUAGCAAAUUUGUAAUUGGAAAAUACGCUUUGCUUUCUCUGUAUGGAGCCCACUAAAAUGUUUCCUUUUUUGUACUUUCGGCAUUUUUAAAAUUAUUUUCUUUCCCUAGUUUUCCCAGUUAGUAAUAUUGUACCGUCAGACAGCAUUUUAUUUCCUAUUUUUAGUUGUGACUAAGAAAAAAUUAACAUUUCUCAGAAAUUUCUCUAGCUAGAUCUCGUAGUAUCAGUUGUCACCCAUGCAAGCCUUUUUCUGUACCGUAAGAAAAGGGAAUCAUAAGCAUAGAUGGAUACUAAUUUUAUGUACCCUCUUUGAACGUCUAUAUUAUGCCUACAUCAAAAGUCGAAAUGACUUCUCAAAUUUUCAUGACUUAUUAGAACUUACCAUCUUCAAGUAUCUAUAAUUAUUAAAAGGCACAACAUUGUAACUUUUAGUCUUACACUCCAUGGUUGUAUCAUUUAGUUUCCCAAUGCAUUGAGGUAUGUAAUUCAGUUCGCUAAUUUAACCAGUUCAGUCUGUCAAUCCUUUAGUGUUUUUAUGUUUUUCAUCUUGAAAACAUACUUUGAUUUUGAUUAAUGCCUUCAGCUUCCCAUCAAGUUUGAAUACUUUGUAAAUGAAGACAUUUUUAAGAAGUAAAUAAGGACAAAUCAGUGAUCCCUCCUACGAACUCUUCUCUCCCUAAGUGAAAUAGUCAUGUGUUUGUUCAAACAAUAUUUUUUGGAACUUCAGUAAUGUUCAGUUGGAGAUAAAUAAAUCAGUUAAAGUCCACGCCUAAUAAGAUUACGCACUUUUAGACUAAGACAGAAAAUCCAAUAUCUUGAUUCUUGAAUUUUCUUUCCAUGCUAAACUGAUGUCAGUGCAUCUUCUGUUACAGUCCAAAAGUGUGUAAACUUAAGUGGCAAGGACUUUAUCAGAGGAUGAUAACAGAAUUGAUCAUUAAUCAGCUGUUGAAAUGCACACAUACAAAAAAAACCAGAAGCGUGCAUAAAAAUAAAAUAAACAACUUCUAAUAAAAAAUGGAAUCUAUUUACUAGAGGAGUUACGACUUUCACCAUUUUGAAAUCCUAAGCUAGCAUCAUCAAGAGCUCAAGUAUUGUAAACAGCAGUUUUUACGAAUUUACUAAGAUUAAAGUUUACAAAGUAUUCUUUUACAGAGUGUAACAUUCCAAGCUUCGCUUUUUCAGAUGAAUGCGUUUUUUCACAAACAAUUUGAAAACUGUUUUCCCAACUUACAAAACCAAUUCAUUGGUUGCGGAUCAGGGGUUUUUUUUCCCCCGGAAAAGGGUCCAUUGAUCCAUGACUUCCAUAAUUUGUUCUUUUGUGUCGUAUUAUCUUUUUUUUUUUUUUUUUUUUUUUUUUUUUUUUUUUUGUUCUACAUUAUUUUCUAUGAAGGAAAUAUCGUCAUUUAGGAAGGCUGAAGUAUUUUGUAUCAGAGAUUCAAAAGAAUUCUCAACAGACCCAACUCCCCUCCCCCUGUAUUUUUUUUUCCUUGCUGAAUGCCUUUGACGUUAACGUGAGCUUUAGUUCAGUGAUAAUGGGUUUUUUUUCUUUUAUUUAUUUUUUUUCUCUAGAUAUUCUAGUCAUUAGCGUUUGUAAAAUUUCCCCCAUUAUAUCUUUUCAAUACCAUAAGUUUACAAGAUUCAUUAUGUUCUGAUAACUGUCUUGAGUUUUAAUACAUGUUUAACAUUUUUUACACUCCAAAAAUUGUGUUACUGCACUCCUACCUCCUCUCAUCUCAAUAAAUUUUCAUACCUUUGCAAA